UGUUGCCUUGUGAGGAUUUCCAAGGCUGGCCGGGGUGGCUUGCCAUCCCUCCUUUCUCCUUCACCCCGAACCAAGCCCAGCGGGCAGGACUGGCCGGAGCCAAAAGCUUUUGACUCGGCUAUUGCGUUCCCGCCCCGCCCGGGGGUGGCCCUGGAUCGCCGGACCUCGCUGGCCCCAGGCUGGGACCAUGGUGUUUCUCGCCGGAAACGCCUCCGAGAGCUCCAACUGCACUCACUCGCCCGCGCCAGUGAACAUUUCCAAGGCCAUUCUGUUAGGAGUGAUCUUGGGGGGCCUCAUCCUUUUCGGGGUGCUGGGAAACAUCCUCGUGAUCCUUUCUGUGGCCUGUCACCGCCAUCUGCACUCCGUCACUCAUUACUACAUCGUCAACCUGGCGGUGGCAGACCUCCUGCUCACUUCCACCGUGCUGCCCUUCUCGGCCAUCUUCGAGAUCCUGGGCUACUGGGCCUUCGGUAGGGUCUUCUGCAACAUCUGGGCGGCGGUGGACGUGCUGUGCUGCACUGCGUCCAUCAUGGGGCUCUGCAUCAUCUCCAUCGACCGCUACAUCGGCGUCAGCUACCCGCUGCGCUACCCGACCAUCGUCACCCAGCGCAGGGGCCUCAUGGCUCUGCUGUGCGUCUGGGCCUUCUCGCUGGUCAUCUCCAUUGGGCCUCUGUUCGGCUGGAGGCAGCCGGCCCCCGACGACGAGACCAUCUGUCAGAUCACCGAGGAGCCCGGCUACGUGCUCUUCUCGGCACUGGGCUCCUUUUACGUGCCGCUGGCCAUCAUCCUGGUCAUGUACUGCCGGGUCUACGUGGUGGCCAAGAGGGAGAGUCGGGGCCUCAAGUCCGGCCUCAAGACCGACAAGUCAGACUCCGAGCAGGUGACGCUGCGCAUUCAUCGGAAAAACGUCCCUGCUGGUGGCAACGGGACGAACAGCGCCAAGAACAAGACAAACUUCUCCGUGAGGCUCCUCAAGUUUUCCAGGGAGAAGAAAGCCGCCAAAACGCUGGGGAUCGUGGUGGGCUGCUUCGUUCUCUGCUGGCUGCCCUUUUUCCUGGUGAUGCCCAUUGGUUCCUUCUUCCCUGACUCCAGGCCCUCGGAAACUGUUUUUAAAAUAGCAUUUUGGCUCGGAUAUCUAAACAGCUGCAUCAACCCCAUCAUAUACCCGUGCUCCAGUCAAGAGUUUAAAAAGGCAUUUCAGAAUGUCUUGAGAAUCCAGUGUCUUCGCCGAAAGCAGUCUUCCAGGCAUGCUCUGGGCUAUACGCUACACGCACCCAGUCAGGCCCUCGAGGGGCAGCAAAAGGACAUGGUGCGCAUUCCAGUGGGCUCUGGAGAGACCUUCUAUAAGAUCUCCAAGACCGAUGGGGUCUGUGAGUGGAAAUUUUUCUCUUCUAUGCCCCGUGGAUCUGCCAGGAUUACAGUACCCAAGGACCAAUCAGCUUGCUCCACAGCCCGGGUGAGAAGUAAAAGCUUUUUGCAGGUCUGCUGUUGUGUGGGGCCCUCGACCCCCAGCCUGGAAGAGAACCACCAAGGUCCAACCAUUAAGAUGCACACCAUCUCCCUCAGUGAAAAUGGAGAGGAAGUCUAGAGAACAGGAAAG